AUGACCAUCUGGGACUCGAUAACGGGACGCAAGCCCGCCGCGCAACCCGCACAGUCGCCGCAAUCGUCGGAUUUCGUAAAAGAAGACACCUUCCAAGCCACGCCAUUCGACCCCAACACGGCCAUACAAAACCCCUCCGACUUCAUCCUCGACCCCUCACAGCUGCACCCGCUCGCAGGCCUCAACCAAGACACGCUCGACUAUCUCUCGCUCGAAGACUCGGUCGCAGAUCUUGGCGCAGCUUCCGCCCUCCCGUCCCGCGGUUGGUCCGACGAUCUCUGCUAUGGCACCGGCGUGUCGUACCUCACCGCGCUCACAAUAGGCGGUGCGUGGGGUCUUGCCGAAGGCUUGCAGAAGAAUCCGCCCAGCAUGCCUCCACGGUUACGGCUGAACGGCGUGCUGAACGCGGUGACGCGGCGGGGGCCUUUCUUGGGCAACAGCGCGGGUGUGAUCGCCAUGGUGUACAAUGGCAUGAACAGCACAAUAGGCUACUACCGGGGGAAGCACGAUGCGACAAACAGUAUAGCAGCAGGCGCAUUGAGCGGCGCGCUCUUCAAAAGCACACGGGGGACACGGCCAAUGGCUAUUAGCGCCGGUAUAUGCGCGAGUGUGGCAGGUGGCUGGGCUCUCACACGAAAGGUCUUCUUCGACCCUGAUUUAUCAUGA